CGAUUGUGUACUGCAGCUUGAAAUUGUUAUGCUUGUAACUUGGCUUGAGAUUAGCGCUUCACUGUGGCGUUGAUCUCUCAUACCCAUCCUCAAUAGCAUAUCGCCUGAUCUCAACGUUGAAGACCCACCGGACGCCAACAAAGUGAUCCGCUCCCUUGACUUUUACAACUUAUCGGCCUCUUCACUACUCAUUGUUGUUAUUGUAAUACCUACUAAAAAAACCAUGGAUAUGAUCUCUUUCCUGCCCUCAAUCGGUCGAUGGAGACCGUGGGGAGAUUCCAAAGUCUUCAAUAUCUCUCCGGUUGAAGUGCAUGAGAUCGACACGGCCCAAGAGAAGCCUGCCCGUGCUCUGAAGCAUCUACUUAAACUGAACCACGCCAACUACGCUUUCUUGUGGAAUGAACGCAAAUUUCACAACCAUGCACCUCAUAUCCUCAGUUCAGCCUUCCUGCAAGGCGCAGAUGCAGAUGACCUGAAUCGUAUAUACGAAAACGAGUCCAAAUCUCUCGAUCCCUGGGAAAACUCUCCCGGCGAAAUCAGUACAUAUGACUGGCGGGACUAUCUUUCGCGCCGAGAAUACCAACGUGCGUUCGUAGACUUCUUCGAGGAUGAACUCGUCCGGCAUAGCUAUGACUGGAAAGAAGUCGCUUUUCAGUACCUUUUUUCAGGCAAAGAACCGAUGUUCAGCUCUCUUGUUGCAGAUCUUGGACACCCCCUUAUUCACCUCGCAUAUGCUUUCGAGAUGUCCAGUCGCGAAGUAGCUAUGGAGGCACUUGGUAUGGCCGCUACCUGCUACGGUAGUAUCCAUAAAUACCUUGACGACCCAUCCUACUCCAAGAUCGAACCCUCCUACCACACCACUUCUCUAUUCGAGGUCCUCGCCAAAGUCCGAGCUGACAAGCAAUUCGACAAUCUCUUCACUACUUCGGGCGAGGAAAACAUCGAAGUUCUCUUCCGCAACCACGAAGCGGCCCUCCUCAAUCACUGGAACGCAUGGACGAUCCAAGAUCCCGUCACUCAGUUCCGCGAGAGCCAGGAAGUGGCUGCGGCGCUGCUGACCGCCACAGUGUCCGCCGCCCGCCCCAAGUACGACUUCUUCCUCGUCCACACUCUCACGACGAGCCACGCGGUGCGGAUCCUGCUCCCUCUCAUCCCAGGGAAGUUCCAGAUGGCUUUGGUCCGGCAGUGGUGGCUCAUGGCGCUGAGCGUGUAUGUCGCGGGGCUCCGACCGGAGAUCGAUCUUGAGAGGGUCAGGGGAUACGAGCUCAAAGGCCGAGAUUGGAAAUGGACGGCACACAUGGCCGUCAAGGGGCAGUACUCGACGGACGCACACUACGUCAAGGCGAUCCGGGCUUUGAGAGAAGCGGCCAAUACGUGGGGGGAUCCGGAGAAGUUCUAUCUUCGGGCGGCUGUUCGAUUUGCAGAUGAGUUCGAUGAUUGGGCGUUCUAAGAUGGGAAAACAGCGUAUGAGAUACUGAGAUUAUCAAAUUUGGUUGCGGUUUUGUUAUACGGUAGUUCUGGUUCCGUGGGGGUAUGACAUGGUUUAUUGGCUGGAUGCUAUUUCGUCACCUGUACCCUAGUCUAGUGUAUCAGAUUGGCAACUCUUUGUAUUGUAGUGACAGUGUCGCCAAAUUGAGACAUCGUGCUUGCG